AUGCGGCUCGUCCGGACUGUGCGGAGGGCUAAUGGCCCAGCUGAGAGGUGGGGAGGCAUCGCUGGCGCCAGCCCCUUGGCCCAGGGGCUGUGUCGGGGUGGCCCGGGGAAGAGGCCCUUGGACUGGCUGUGGGAAGGCAAUGCGGCUCUGAGCCUGGGCAGGCGGCCCCUCCUUGUGCACACACGCUGGCCUGGGCCCAGGGGAGCCCCAGAGAGCCCAGCUGAGCCUUGCGAGCUCUCCGUGUCCGCCAGCAAGCUUAUCUGCCGACGGGACGGUCACGGCUGGGCCUCACCCAGAGCCGAAGGUGGGCCUAGGGCAGGGGUCUGGCACAACUCUCUCGAGAGGCAGCUGCCCAGGAAGAGGGGAGCACCCCGUCGCCACCUGCCAGGACUCUCUCCCCGAGGCCCCGAGGUGACAGGGUUCCCGGACGGCGGGAGGCAGAAGGAGCCCGGGAGAGCGGCUCAUGGAGCUGUGUGUGGGUUAAGCCGCUCACCUCCCAGCCGGCAGAACAGCCCUAUUCCUGUGUCCCAGGGUCGCUGGGAGCACUCGGUGAGACGGUGUGUCCAGAGCCUGGCCAGAAAACAGUCCCACUGUCACGAGCCAGACUGGGGGCCCUCCUCCCGGGGCCCCCAGGGGACGGCUGGGCCAGCACCUGGGCACACUGUGCCGUGGUGCCUGCGUGAUAGUCAAAGGACGCCAAAGCCUUCCCACUGGCCGGGCUGCCCCUCCUGCCACAGAGGCGGGGACCUGUGCUCCUCCCUGGGGGCUGCAGGAGACUCGUGGGGCAGGGCGGAGGCCUUCCCUGCCCGCCUUGCUGGGCCCGAGUCACAGGGCGCCCCUCUGCGCGGCGGGGAGGGUAAGCUGGUGCCUCCUCCCGGCCCCGCUGAUGUUCCAGGCGCCACUCAGAGCCCGUCUCCCUGGAGGAGGCCCCGGGGGGCGGCUCCUGGGCCCCCCCGCCGGCCGUGCCUGAGCUGCGCGGCUCAGCGGCCCGUCCCCCCUCGCGUCUGAGUCAGCCCAGCCUCGCACCCACGGCCGCCACUGCCGUGGGCCCUUCCCCCAAAAGAGGCCUCCCCGGCCGGGAGCCGCCAACAGCGAGCGAGUCGGAGCCGGGGCGUGGACGGUAAGCGUUUAUUACCACGUGCACACAGACCGCCUGGCGCGUGGAUGGACCCCAACCACCAGGACGCUGGGAAGGAGCCGUGUGGAAGCGGCCGCUGCUCCCGGUGGCACCUAGGAGAAAACUUGAAACCACCUA